UUGAAAUCUAUUAACUUCCUCAGAGUAUUUUUUAUGAAUACCUUCGGUUUUUUUUUAUUCUGGCAAUAAAUAUUUGCAAAGAUGACAAGAUCAUGUAUACUGGACCAGGGGCGGACUGACAAUUCAUGGGGCCCCCGGGCAAUAGGGGAUCAUGGGGCCCCUGUGUCCUUGCCAAAACUCAAAAAAGCCUAUGAAAAAGGUACCAGUGGCAUUUCAUGGGGCCCCCUACUGACCCCGGGCCCUCGGGCAGUGCCCGAGUUUCCAAAUGGUCAGUCCACCCCU